GAAAUAAUGCUUCAGAAAAAUAUGGGAAAAUUAAUCGGAAUGUGAAAAAACUGUGAUGCUAGUGCCGCUAUCAACCGGAAGUAGAAAAACUUGCACAUUUUUAUGUUUUUCACUAAAUUACUGAAAAUGAACCUUUUCACACACAAUAUGUUAACUUCUAACAUUAUAAAGGGUGUAACUAAAGGUUAUCCACUUGGCAUUGAGGCUACAGAAGUAAAGACAUCAGAACGUGAGUUUAACCCAGAUUUCAUUGGCAGAAUGAUUCCAAGACUUGAAUGGCCAGCAGUUGUAGAAGGAGCAAAGAUGCUUGGACAAGAUGCUGUUCCUGAAGAAGUCCCAUCAGACUAUGAGACCAAUGAAGAAUUUUUAAAACAGGCACACCGACUACUUCUUGAGGUGACGGUACAGGAAGGUAAUCUCAUAUGUCCAGAAAGUGGAAGAAAAUUCCCCAUUACAAACGGUAUUGCAAAUAUGCUUCUUAAAGAGGAUGAAACCUAACAAUAAUGCAGAACAGACUGGUGCUAUGACCAUAUAUGGAAUUAUUUUAUGGUUUUACCUUAUAUGGGACUAUUUUCAUGGUGAAGAAGUAAAGACAGUGGAAUUAUUCGAGAUAAAAAUUACUUUGAAGAAAGCAGAGGAAAGGAGCUUGUAAUGAGAGAGACUUGAUACAUAUAGUUCACAUUUUGUGACUUGGGCAUUCUGAAAAAUGUCUAUAAUGGGGAUACCACUAUACAUUUUCUAACAUGAAUUAUUUUCAACCUGUACAAUAUCUAUACUAUACUCGUAUGUAUGAUGCAUAUAAUUAUUCAACAUGAAAUACAUGAUCAUGUAACUUCUGUAUUUUGCACAUCAUUGAACUAUAUGUGCUUUUAAUAUAUAAAUUGUAUUUAGAUAGAUAAGAGUUUCUUGUUCUUAAAAUCUGCCUGAGUGACAGUCAGUGUUUCAUGUCAACUUAUUAAGGUUGUUGUUUACCCGAAGGCCAAAAAAUAACUAAUACAAAGUGUGUACUUUUUAUGUCACCGCCAGAAGUGGUGACAUAUUGUUACAG